GAGGGAUUAGUGAGGCACAGCCGGCUGCUGCUUCCGUUCCCAUUGCCAUGGCGGCCAGGCUUGUGAGUUUGGCCUGCGCUGGGCUGCGGAGAGGCUUCCGGAACUCGGCCCCGGGCUGGAGUGUUUCAGUAUCGCAAACCAGGUAUGAGGGAUCGACCCCCGAGACACGACCAACUGUCAGACCAAAGGAUGAACUACAGCGCAACCAGCUAUCCCAGUUUGGUGAAUAUGUUGCUGACAUUCUUCCCAAAUAUGUCCAACACAUUCAGGUAACUUGUUUCAAUGAAUUGGAACUCUGUAUCCAUCCAGAUGGCAUAAUACCGGUGCUGACAUUCCUGCGAGAUCAUACCAAUGCCCAAUUUAAAUCGCUUGCUGAUGAGACUGCAGUGGAUGUCCCAACUCGUCCGUUUAGAUUCGAGGUUGUAUAUAACAUGCUUUCGCUGCGGUUUAAUUCUCGCAUACGUGUGAAAACUUACACCGAUGAGUUGACGCCGUUGGAUUCCUUAGUACCUGUGUUUCAAGCUGCAAACUGGUAUGAAAGAGAGAUUUGGGAUAUGUAUGGCGUAUUCUUUGCUAACCAUCCAGACCUGAGACGAAUUCUUACAGACUAUGGAUUUGAAGGCCAUCCUUUCCGCAAAGACUUUCCACUGUCUGGCUAUGUGGAGGUACGUUAUGAUGAUGAAGUCAAACGUGUGGUUGCUGAGCCAGUUGAACUAUCCCAGGAAUUCCGCAAAUUUGACCUCAAUAGCCCGUGGGAAACUUUCCCAGCACAUCGUGAGCCGGUUGAAUUACCAAAACUUGACGCUGGAGAGAAAAAGCCUGAGACAAAGUGAAUAGAGGCAGCUGCAUCUUAGGGAAGGCCCUGAGUAAUAUCACUUCUCACAUGGACCCAAGUAGCUGUUGUUCUGUAACACCAAAUGGUCUGUGUGAUAUUUAUGUAAAUAAAUUACUUGUAUAAGGUU